AUGAGUAGCCUUGUAGUUGGUCGAAUGCUUCAAUGUCCGAAAAACUGGGCAUUUUAUCGCCCAUCAAAACGCUGCUACUUAGUCGUACAAAAACCGAUGAAUUUUAAAGAAGCUCAACAGUACUGUUCUGAAUUUGGAAGAGAAUCUAAGCUCAAUAACGGAGGGUCAGUUUGGUUGUCAGCUGAAGCAGUUUUCGAUAUUAUUGCUGCGGAUGCUGGGUUGAAUUAUCCUGGUUUUGUCCUCCGAUGGCCAACAAAAGAACCGGGAGCCAACGGAGGUGUAGUUAAAUAUGCAAAUUGGGACCAUCAUGCCAAAGGCAUGAGCAUCAUGCAGCGCUGUGUGGUUGUUAACCAGCGUGGAAGGUGGUUCAACAGAGACUGUAAUUCCAAAGCAAAAGUAAUAUGUCAGCAGGACGGGAUGAGGAACCUGAGCGGUAAAACGAAAGACAAGUGUCCGAAGAAGUGGACUUGGAAUAACGAAACUCAGGCUUGCUAUAGAGCAUAUACCCAUGAAAAUCUAACAAUGCUCGAAGCAGAUGAACUGUGUGAAGGCGCUCCAGAUCUAACGACGACACGGACGGCCACACUAACAUCAAUCAAAAACAGAAAAGAAAAUGAGUUUGUUUUAGGACUAGCCAAGAAAAAAGUGACAAAUCUUUUGUACGUUAUUAUUGGUGGUAAAGCUAAAACCAUGAAAUCACUGAAGAAAGAAUUCGUAUUUCACUGGCUAGAUGGUAAAGUCUUCCAAGCUUUUCCUUUGGAAAACGAUCAUAGCUACCGCUUGAUUGAUUUGAACACCGUAGAGCACAAGGACCAAAAGUCAGUUUUAGGCACUCCUGUACAUUACGAAAACUGGAUCCUAGGAUAUCCAAGGAGGAAAAGGUCAAAGCAAGUGGCUAUUUUUAUGAAUCGUACGGGUAAAUGGUUGAAUUCAUUUGCUGACCAUCCAUUGAGCAGGUUUCAGACUGCAGCUAUUUGCAAAUUUACUCCGUCAUGA